AUGGAGGGGGAGGGGGGGGCGCGGGGUUCGGGCGUGUGGGUCGGGGGCCUGCCUGGUGGUUUGGGGGUGGGGGGGGGGGGCGGGGGGGUUUGGGGUGUGGGGAGGGGGGGGGGGGGGUGGUCUCAGGGGGGGCGCUGGGGGGUGGGUUUUUUUGUGUUUGGGGGUGGUGUGGUGCACGGGGGAGGCGGGGCGGGGGGGGGGGCUGACAGUUGGUGGUGUGUGGGGGAUCUGCAGGGUGGCGAGGGUGGGGGGGUGUCGGGUUGCUUGGUGGCGAUGUGGGUUGUCCGCGUAGCGUGGUUUGGGGCGGGUGUGUGUGAGGGGGGUGGUGGUGGGGGGCGUGGUGGGUGGGGUUGGUGGGUGGGGCCGCGCGUGUGGGUGGGCUUUUUGUUGGGGGGGGGUUCGGUGGGGGUUGUGGUCUGGGGGUGGGGGGGGGGCUACGAUAGGGGGGGGCGCGGGGGGUCGUUGUCCCCUGGUGUUGGAGGGGUGGGGGUGGCGGUAGCAUUGGGGUGGGUGCGGGGGAGGAGGGUGCGGGGGUGGUGGUUGUGUGGUGGUGGUUUAUGGUCUGUCGGUUUACGGGGGGGUUUUGGGGGCUAG